GAGACUGAGAACGUUAUUUAAAUUUGAUUGAAUAGCGAACCUCAAUUCGUUCUGGUUUCACUGCAAAAGAAGCCUGUGCAAUCGUUCACUUAUCGAAAGUCUUUUGAUUUACUCUGAAAUUAUCCAUUAUCAUCAAAAUGUUUUGUGGGGACUAUAUACAAGGCACCAUCUUCCCAGCUCCCAAUUUCAACCCCAUCAUGGAUGCCCAGAUGCUGGGCAGUGCACUCCAAGGCUUUGACUGUGACAACGACAUGCUGAUCGGCAUUCUAACCCAGCGCUGCAAUGCACAAAGGCUGCUGAUUGCAGAGGCGUACCAGGGAAUGUAUGGUCAGGACCUGAUUGGGGAUCUGACAGAGAAGCUUUCACAUCACUUCAAGGAGGUGAUGGUUGGUCUCAUGUACCCCCAACCAUCUUAUGAUGCUCAUGAACUCUGGCACGCCAUGAAGGGAGCAAGCACAGAUGAGAAUUGCCUCAUUGAUAUAUUAGCCUCAAGAACAAAUAGAGAAAUUUUUCAAAUGAGAGAAGCCUACGGCUUGCAAUACAGCAGUAACCUUCAAGAGGACAUUUACUCAGAGACCUCUGGACACUUCAGAGAGACCCUUAUCAAUUUGGUCCAGGGAACCAGAGAAGAAGGCUAUGCAGACCCUGCCUCGGCUGCCCAGGAUGCAAUGGUCUUGUGGGAAGCCUGCCAGCAGAAGACAGGGGAGCAUAAGACCAUGCUGCAGGUAGUCCUGUGCAGCAAGAGCUACCAGCAGCUGUGGCUAGUUUUCCAGGAAUUUCAAAGUAUUUCUGGACGAGACAUAGUAGAUACCAUCAGAGAAUGCUAUGAUGGAUACUUUCAGGAGCUGCUAGUUGCAAUUGUUCUUUGUGUUCGAGACAAACCAGCCUAUUUUGCUAAUAGACUACAUAGUGCAAUCCAUGACUUUGGUUUCCAUAAUAAAACCAUAAUCAGGAUUCUAAUUGCCAGAAGUGAAAUAGACUUGCUGACCAUAAGAAAACAUUACAAAGAGCAAUAUGGAAAAUCUCUUUUUCAUGAUAUCAAAGCCCAAGGCAGUGCCUUCGUUUCUCUGCCCUGUGAAUUUAGAGUGAGAGGGCAGCUGUCCACAGGAAGCAGCCCUCGGGAAACACCAACUCAAUCUGGUGGACCUGGACCUGGACCUUGCCACCCUCCGGACUGUGAGAGAUAAAUUCCUACUGUUUCUAAGCCACCCAGAUUAUACAAUUGUUACAGAAGCUUGAAUCUUCUUUUUCUUAGAACACAUAAAUAAUAAUAUGUUUUACUGACUACCGGGAUAUUUUUAUUGAACCAUGGUAUCCCAUUGUAUA